CAUAAACUUUUAUAUCUUCUUUAUAGGAUUAAAUAUGGGUGACGAAGACAGAAUGGUGAAGAUGGAGGUGGACUACAGUGAUACUGUGGAUAAAGUCAUACCGGAGUGCGAGACAUUGGCGGCGGAUAAGAAACUCAAUGAAGCUAUUGACAAGCUUCUUGUAGUAGAAAAACAAACUCGUGGGGCAGGAGACGCAAUAUCAAGUAGCAAAGUGUUGGUUUGCAUCGUAGCGCUGUGUUACAAAGUACAGGACUGGACACUGCUCAAAGAACAUAUAACAUCUCUGUGCAAGAAACGAGGGCAUUUCAAGCUGGCUGUCACGAAGAUGGUCCAGAGAUGCUGCGAGAUGGUACCUGAAAUUGAGGAUAAAGAAAGAAAGAUGGACCUAAUAGAAGUGCUGAGGACAGUGACAGAAGGAAAGAUAUACGUUGAGAACGAGAGAGCACGUGUAACUCGUACUCUUGCUGCCAUCUACGAGAAGGACGACGAGCCGGAAAAAGCUGCCAAAGUCUUACAGGAAUUGCAGGUCGAAACAUUCGGAACAAUGGAGAAGAAAGAAAAGGUAGAGUUCAUUCUCGAGCAAAUGAGACUUUGUUUCGAGACCAAGGACUACAUCAGGACCCAGAUAAUCAGCAAGAAGAUCAGCAUAAAGUAUUUUGAGGGAGCUGACACGGAGGAGCUAAAGUUGCGGUACUAUCGUCAGAUGAUCGACCUAAACCUCCAUCACAAGGAGUAUCUGGCAGUCAGCAAGAACUACCACGAGAUCUACAACACCACCUCUGUUAAGGAAGAGGAGCAGAAAUGGAAACAGGCAUUGCAACGAGUUGUUCUGUAUCUAAUCCUGGCUGAGUACAACAACGAACAAAGCGACAUGUUGGCAAGAAUUAAAACUGACACCAACUUAGCCAAACUUCCUUACUAUCAAAACGUGCUAAUGUGCUUUGACACAGCCGAGUUGCUAAACUGGAGUAUUCUGAAGAAGGUAUACUCACAACACUUAAAAUCAGAGACCGGUGAACCGGCCAGUCCACUGGACAAGGAAGAGAACUGGGACGUUCUACAAAUGAGGGUAGUUGAACACAACAUCAGAGUCCUGGCCAAGUACUACACUCGUAUUUCCAUGCAACACUUCGCUGACCUUCUCCACCUCGAUUCUAAGGAGGCAGAGAAGAGACUGUGUGAACAAGUUGUGAAAGAUACGGUCACUGCAAAGAUAGACAGACUUGACGGUAUCAUCAGUUUCACUAAACAGAAGGAUACUGAACAGAUCCUGAACGCCUGGUCCGGUAACUUGAACUCUGUCAUGGAUUUGAUCGGGAAUGUGAACCAUCUUAUCACCAAGGAACGCAUGGUACACCAAGUGAGCUAAAGACGAUAUCGCUGACAACUGAGACGGAGAAAUGCUGGACAUUUCAAAUGAGAUCCCCGGUUUCCUGAUGCUACCAGAACUGAAGAUUAUAUUUGCUUCCUAGUCUGCCUUCUUUAAUAGCUAUUAGUGAUGGUGUUUAGAGCAGAUAUAAUGUGCGCACAUUUUGUGCACGAUUUAAAGGGAUUUUCCGUUUUAAAUUAACUAUUUGUAUUUGUAUUAUAUGUACUUCAUUUCCACAAAA